CUAUCGCACAGCGUAACCCUACCUUGUUCCAUUGGCCUCCAAGUUACAUUGAAAUUGUGUCCAGGCACCAAGUGCAGCUUCCUUGGCACAGCCCUCGUCCUUAGUCCUCGGGUUAAUGCCUCGACGGAGAUAUUAAGCUUGGCUCGGGGCUUGUGUCACCAUCCCACCUUCUAGAUCGCCCUUUCACUGUCCUUAGUUAAUUUCGAGUCCAAGGCAUGAGCGGAACCCCGCUGCGAGAUGCUUGCGCGUCGAUGAGGGGAUACUAUGCCCUUCAUCCGUACUCGUACGUUUGCGCGCCCUCCGUCGGCACCUUAUCUCUCUGGCUCGGGGGCUUCCUUGUCACCCCUGUCACAAUGGUCACCAUAGCUGCUCUGCCUGGUUCUUUUUCUUGACUCAACUUCCACACCCUGAUCCCAAUCCGCGGCCAACCGUGGACUUCGCCAUUCCGCACUCCUCCACGUUGAAUCCAUCAACAUGUUCGCCCUUCUACUCAAGACCCUCUUCACCCUGCUGCUCCUGGUAGGGGUCACGCCGGUCCAGGCACAGGGCGAGGGGGGCGAUGGCUACAUCGGAUACAAUCUAGAGCACCGCGGCGACCCGGAAUCUGCGAUCUACGAGACGGAGUCAACAGACCCGGGGGUGGGCGUGCUGCCGGUAGACCCGGACGUGUUCCUCAACGCGUCUGUGAGCGUGGGCGAGAUCGACAUCGAGGUGGACAACAUCACGGCCAAGAUCAACCUGGACGCCCGCGUGCUGAACCUGCUGCACUUCAGCGCCGGCGUCGACGCCAGCAUCGACCGCGUCAGGCUGACGAUCCAGAACAUCUCGGCAAAGGUGCUGCUCGAGGCCCGGCUCGAGAACGUCGUCAACAUGGUCGACGACGUGCUGCGCAGCAUCGACCUGAACCCCAUCAUCGCGACGCUGGGGCAGGACGUCGGCAAGAUCGUCAACUCGACCGUCGGAGCCCUAACCGGCCCGGGCGACGGGAGCGCGACCGGCAAGCGCGACCUGGACUACAACCUCGCGCACAACGUCCUGUACAGCCUCAACGACUACCAGGGCCGGACGCACACGAACCGCGUCCUGGGCCAGAACGGCAGCCUCUACGACGUGUUCCUGAACAACGCGGGCGACGAGACGGGCCGCCGGGUCUCGGGCUACUACAGCCGCGACAUGACCUUCAGCGGGCACAACAGGACCAUCUCGGACGGCGGGACGACCGAGUACGAGAUGCAGUACAUCUACACGCCGUUCCCCGGCAUCGAGGCCGUCUGCCUGAUCUACAUGGCGCCUGGCGGGAAGAUCACCAGGGCGCGGAUUAUCGCGGAGGCACAGGGAGGUGGAACCAGCACCAUCAGUGACGAUUCAGAGAAUUGAGGUUGGUGGGGGGGUGGGGGAAUGGAUGGGAGAACAGACCGUGGUGGUGCCAUCGCUGGGCUGAAUGAUAAAGAGAUUACCGAGGGGGGACAUUUAGAUAGUCCCAUGUCCAUUAUCAUGAAGCAUAAGAAGCA